AGUACUUGGGCCCUGGCUGGCCGAGGAUCAGUCGGCCAGUCUGUUAGGUGGCGACAGUGCUGCUGCGUUUCUAGUUUCAGUCCAGAACGCUAGUAAAUUGGUAGUGGUAGCUCAGUGCAAUGCCUGCCGAGGCUGCUGCAUUGUCUUCAAUUUGAUCCUUGCUAUCCUACCACACAUCGUACCACCAAUAAAGGAUUACUCUCUUUUGUGUUUCAUGGAAAAUACGCUUACGUGAUGGACAUAUGGAAGACAGAAUUAAAAUCAGGAUUCGUAUGUAUUGUGUUAUGCGAUGGGGAUUGCUUGUGACUUGAUAAAAGAACAUAUAUGAAAAAUCUGGCGUAAAACUAGGGGAAGAACUUGUUACAAACCUGUGCUUUGUGCUUUACGGCAACGGAUUUCUUCCAAUGAAUAGAUUUCAGCUGGAGACCAGUCAUUCUCUGAUAUCCAGAUAUGGUACAUCUUGCAGCAGUCGAGUAAACUAAAGUGAUAAGCGGUCAGUGGGAAAGCAAUCCACGAGGAAGAAUGGCAGUUUUUGGUUCAAGGUGCCUCUACCGCAUGUUGUGCUGGGUGAUCCUUUGGGGACUUAUUGUGUUGGCCGUGUUUCACCUGCGGAGCCAUGAAGUAGAGGGCCCGAACGCAGGAUCAAUGAGCAAUUCAGUCAACAGCCGUCUCCUGCUGCAAAAAUUGGGCGAUCCUCGAACACCUCACACGGAAGCAACUGCCAGCACUAGCCAGUCACCUUUGUCUGCUGCACAUCUCUUGUUGAACCUUGAACCCAGCAUUGACAAGUCACCAAGCCUUUCUGAAGCAAUGAUAGUGGAGGAAGUUCAAAAGAAACUCCCUAGCCUACCUAUUGCAUACUGGAACCGUCAUAAGGAUAGACCCAUGUUCUAUAAGAAUGAAAGUUGUGCGAAAUUUCCCAGUAUCUAUGACCUUGAGUUCAAUAAUAUUUACUGGCAAAAUCUCCAUACAACUAAUGGCUCAUUUCAGCUCUUUGGUGCUUAUUAUGAUGUCCGAAAAUCCAGCAAAAUAGGUCCAGCUGUUAGGAUACUAGGAAUGAUCAAUCGGAUUGAACCUACAGUAAAGACCUACUGCCAGUUUUGGUUUGAAUCCCAGAAAGAACCUGUUUUCAUGAAAGUGAUGGAAUAUAAAUAUAUAUGGUAUCGCAAAUGGGGAAAUUACAAGCAGGGAAUAUAUCAGCCUUACCUUAUUGCUUGUCAGAUUCCACAUCAGUAUCAUAAAAUUGUCCCAGCCUCUGUUUCCAUUGUUGAGAAGCCUUGUGAUACAGCAACAAACAAUCUCCGUGUUGUAUACAACAAGCCUGAAAAGAAGAAAAAGUUUGCUGUCUGUGUAAAGGGCUUGGACUUCCUUCAUGAAGACCUCUCUGUUCGCUUGGUGGAAUGGAUAGAACUUCUGGGUAUACUAGGUGCAGAUAAAGUGUUUUUCUAUGAGCUUCAAGUUCACCCUAAUAUUUCUAAAGUUCUGCAAUACUACCAGAAGCUGGAUCGUGUGGAUGUGACACCUCUCACACUUCCUGGUGGACAGCCUAAUGUUCCUGGAUUUCAGCACAUGUACCUUGUAAAGAAAUGGAAUAACAAGCGUCAAAAUGAACUUAUUCCUUAUAAUGAUUGCCUCUAUAAAAACUUAUACACAUAUGAAUAUAUCGCACUUCUGGAUAUUGAUGAAGUAAUAAUGCCUGUUAAUACAAUGUCAUGGCAAGAGCUGAUGGAUACUGUCCUGCCGAAGGCACGGGGCACGAAGAAUGACACUCAAGCCUCGUAUAAUGUGCGAAAUGUUUAUUUCUUAGAUGAUUUGAUUGAAGUUCAUGGCUGGUUCAAAGAUAUUCCACGCUACAUGCAUAUGUUACAACAUGUAUACCGCAGCAAGAACUUUACAAAACCUAAUCAGUAUGUGAAGUGUUUCCAUAAUCCAGAGCGAGCCCUAACAUUACACAAUCACUUCCCAUUAGCCUGUCUAGGUGGAGCCUGUUCAUCAUAUGCCAUUGAAACAACAGAUGCGCAAUUGCAGCACUAUCGGGCUGACUGUGUUCGAACAUUGAAGAAGUCUUGCGUUGAAUUCCGCCAGAAUAGUGUUGUGGACACAACUAUUUGGAAAUUUAAAGAAAAGCUAGUUAUGCGGACCACUGACACUCUGAAAAUACUUGGGUUUUUUGGUUCACGUGAUGUCAGGGCUCAUAUAAAAUCAGAAACAGUCAAGUGAUCUUAGGAAAAACUGAAACAAAUUUAAUUAAUUGAUUUGGAAUAGUGAAUUAUGAACAAGAACAUUAUAUUAAUAUCUACUCAAAUGUCAUUAGAAACUGACAAUCAUCAAUGAAGGGUUCUUAGGCACAUAUAUUUAUCAUGAGAAGGGAGAUCAAAGAAGAAAGUAGAUGAUUAUAGAUGUAAGAAAUAGAAAUUGUCACCAAUGAAACCACUUACAAAACUUCAAUUGCAAGAAUGGAAUUUUCUCUCUGUAUAUAUAAAUUUGAUUAAUGAAACUUAUAGUUUCAACAUUUGCCAACAGCAUAUAUAGUUUUCAAAUAUGUAAUAAGUUAGGUAUCUGAAAUCAACUCUGUGUGAACUUGCAGAAUAGACUUGUUUCUUUCAAGUAUACAUGUUUUCAGUUCAGUCACCUAUGUUAGAAGAGCAGAAUAAAACCUGAAGUUGGUAUAUUACAGUUUUAUUUCUGAAUUCUCUCUAUAUAUGAUUGUUUCUCAGAUUUCCACGUUUAUUAUAACAUUUGGCUUCUUUUAAACUUCAGCCUUUGUAGUGGGCUGUAUUGAUGUCAUUCUGUCUUAUUACAUAAUUUAAUAUUUAGUAAGUGAUAUGAACAAAUAGUGUAAAAAUUAUGAAUGUAGAAGAAAUAUGAAAAUUGAUGUGUAUGCUGGUUAAGGUUAUUUUCCCUCAAACGAAAAUAAGUGUACUUAUGGUCAAGCCACUUUCAAUAAUCAGAUGAAAUUAUGAAAUAGUGAUACAUUCACAGUAAGUGAACUGUAAAUCCUUGACUUGUAUAGCUGCAAUGUAUAAUGUUACUUUAAUUUCCUGAUAUAAAAAACAAAUUUCUGCAUUUGGUAGUUUUAAGUAUUCCAUUGUAUAAAGCUACUAAAAUUGUAGACGGCUUGCAUAGUAAGUAUUUGGAAUCUAUCAGGUUUUUCUGUUAUUUAAGAAAGGAGUUCUGGAGAAAAUAAUAAAAACACAUGAAUACACAGCAAAAGUGAUAUCUGCAAAGAAUGAAGACUAUUUGAUACCAAUUGAUGUGAAGAAAUAUGUUUCAGGAUCUGUUUGUUGUUUACAUAUAAAAUUAAAAUUUAGCCAAAUUAUGCCACAUCAGCAAAAAAGUAUAAAUCCAUGCUGUGGAUAUGUUCCCUUCUGGUGAUGUCAAAUAAUUAUGUCUUCAACAGUGGCCCUACAAAUUACAUACAUGUGAGUCACAUUGAAGAAUUGAGGAUUGAACUGUGAAAUGGGAAAAACUUAAAAAUAAAACACAUAAAUAUGCCCUCUCAUUUUACUGUUAUCAGAGGAAAAGAACAUAAUAUUUUCCUGAAGAUCCAAGUGCCAAACAGAAUUUAUAAAGGGCUGCAUGCAGUCCUUAAAAUAUAUAUUAAUAGUUUAUUGGAACAGAAUUAACUGUGCAUACUUCCACAUCUAAUAAUCUGUAUCUAUUUAAAAAAUUAAAACAGGCAAUAUUAAUGUACAUGGGUUCAUUCUAUCCUUAAAAGGCUGAAAUUAUAUAACAGAAAAUAUUUCUUGCUAAUUAAGUGCAUGGUCCAUGCACUUAUUUUAACUUUUAAAACUGAAUAACAUUAUUCUAUACUCAGCAAAGUUUUUCUGAGUAUGUAUUUAAUAAUUCUUUUAUAACAAAAUUAUAUUUUUAUACUAUAUCACACUAACUAAUGUUCUGCAUGUUCCACAUGUAACACAUAUUUACUGUAAAAGCAUACAUAUAAAUAAUAUUUAUAUAUUAUAUAAAUAAUAUUCCAUAACUUCAUUUUGUUGUGAUUUCAUAAAAUAUUGUAAAAGUUUAUACCGUGUUUCACUCAUUCAUUCAUUCGGUAUAUCACAUAAUCAGAAUUGACAGCGAGAUGCAUAUGAACAGUAACAUUUUGCCUUUCUCUGUAGAAUUCUCUUGUCAUGAGUUAUUCCUCAUUUGUAUCCCUAAGUUGAUGAUGUCAGUUUCAUGCUACUUCAGUAGCAGCUGCUACAGAUGAUGAAAAAUGACUGUAGAUUUGUGCUGUUUUCCCUAUACUGCCAGCUGCCUCUGGAUUAGAUUCAGAUAACACAUCACUGAAGCUGGAACAAUUUGAAUGUGUUUAAUAUACCAGUAACUUACUUAUAGUUUAAAGACUGAGAGCACAACAAGAAAGAGCAUAAUUUUUUGCCUUUCUUGAAAUUGUACCACACAACAAUAGUAUCAAAAAUGUCAGUGUCUGAAGUAUGUGUUCUGUGCAAUUUGACCAGCUUCAGUGUCGCAUAUUCAUUAGGAUAUCAUACCAAGUAUUGUUAAUUCUGCAUAGUCUAUUGUCAAAUAGCAUUUGAUACAUCUUUUGAGGGACAUGAAAACUAGAUAAUACCAUCUUAAGAAUUUGAAACAGCUAAUUGGUUUCUGAAUGUUUGAAUUUAAAAUGUUGGUAUUAUUUUGCCUAAAAUCUACUGUGUAUAUAAAUUAAAAUUGCUAGUAAGUAUGGAUAGAAAAGAUAGCACUAACCCAAGACAACAACCACAGUUUGUUAAAUGGAGUGAAUGUUUUGGUGGGGUGUGUCUCCAUUACAAAUCAGACAAAAUAUUUAAGUUUUUUAUUUUUCUGAUUCCUUUAACUGCCAGUGUCAAGAAUGCUUUCAUGACCAGAACAGUCAUCUGGUUCAGAAAUGAACCCUGCUGUUUCAGAAUCUUACUACAAUUGAAUGACAUAUACACAAAGUUGAGCAAAGGUGAAGACAUGAAGAUACUAAAAUCUUCCUUUCAUACAACAGUAUGUAGCACAGUUAUGUAAACAAUCAAAGACAGAAGACUGGGAAACAAUGGAGCUUGUUCUGGCUCCUAAAUAAUACAAACUAAACCAAUUGAUUUCCUUACUGAAUUACCCAUUUUUGAAUGAACUGUAUCUUGUUCCACAAGAAUUUUGUCAUAUUACUUGCACAAUUAUGCAUUUUACAAUUGUAAAAUAUAUCAUUUGAAUUAGGGUGGUAA